CUCUCGCACUCUCUCACAGAUCACCAGGACGAGGACAUCAACUGGAUACUUAACGCCUGCUUCUGUGGUAAAACUUUCCAUCGUCCACGCAGAACUCAAGGAAUUGUUCAAGGGUUUUGUUUUCUCCUUAAACAGCCGGUUUUCCAUCUUCUGGAGGAAUUUCCAGGUAUGUUCAUGUUGGAAGCACUCUGACAGACCUCCAGUCAUGGGGCUUUUUUUGUGCAAUAAAUCCCGCUGCAGACUGGCUGCAGUGUGGUUUCACCUGUUCUUCUCAUCACUCCUACUGCAUACGAUUGUAUUUGUCCAUGGUGCCCCAUCUUGCCCACGGAGCUGUAGCUGCCCAGGCACUAAAGAGGUCCACUGUACGUUCAGACACUUCACCACUAUUCCGAAGGCUUUCCCCAAAGCCACUGAGAGGCUCAACCUGGGUUACAACAGCCUGACAGAGGUGGAGGGGUCAGAAUUUAGGUCCCUGCGGCAACUGGAAAUGCUCAUGUUGCAUGGAAACGACAUUAGCAGAGUCCACCCUGGGGCCUUCUACACCCUGAGGUCACUGCAGAUCCUGAAGCUGAGUUACAACAAACUCACAUCGGUGAAUUCUGGUCUCUUCGAGGGAUUGGUCAGUCUGAUCCGCCUCCAUCUGGAUCACAACCUUAUAGACUUUAUAGAGCCAUAUUGCUUCUCUGGUCUGAUCUCUCUUAAACUUCUACAAUUGGAGGGGAACUUGCUGAAACAGAUCCAUCCUCACACCUUCAUAACUGUCUCAGUACUAGGAAGCUUUUGGACUUCAGGACUCAAACACUUACACCUAUCAGACAACCUGCUGGAGGAGCUCCCCCCUGCAGCACUGAAAACAGCUCCCAAGCUGGAGCUCCUCACUAUCCAUGGAAAUCCUUGGAACUGUGACUGUCAGCUUCAGUGGUUGGUGGAAUGGAGUGCCGCUCAUGAAGGAGUAGUAAAAUGUAAGAAAGAGCGAGGCUCCGCUGAGACAUGCCCUCAGUGCUCAUUUCCUCAAUUUCUGAACGGAACCCAGCUGCUGGAGUUGACUACAGGGAAGCUCAUCUGUGAACGGCCAGUUCUUCGCUCCCCCCUCAAACAAUGGGACAAUCCGCUUUGGGCAGAGUCUGAAGCCGAGCCUGACCUUCCAUACACCCGGGACUUAGAAAAACCUUUGGGUCAACUGACCAUCGUUCUCUCAGACAGUCAUGGAAACCGUGCUUUUGUGUUAUGUGAUGUACGCCAUCCGGGCGAUAGCUCAUCCAUGACUUGGACUUUAAAUCCACAGUCACCCAUAGAGCUAUCUGUAAAUGUAUCACUGGUGACCAUCCUGGAGUGCGAGAUUGAUCGAGAAACAUUGCAAAAUUUAUGGCAACUGGUUGCCUAUUACUAUGAAAGCCCAGCAAUUUUGGAGAGAGGUCAACAGAGGGUUAAUACAAGCAGAGUUACGUAUCAGUAUUCUCAGGCUGUCAAUGAGAACUCGCCCUAUUUCACAGAAUUGAAAGGAUAUUUAGAAGCAGAACCAGCAUGGUUGCUUCAACCUAGAGUCACACUGAAGCUGAACAGGCUGCAGACAACAACGAGGAAACUUGUCAUGGAUUUCACCACUUUAAUCACAAAAAACAUCAACAGCCAUGGGAGGCAAGAGGAUGACAAUGACGUUACUUCUUCAUGGGCUUUAAUCCAUAGAAGGACAACUGGGAGAGUUCAAGCUGUUCUUGAGGGUUCAAAGGUCCAUUUAGAGUGCAGUGUUGUUACUUCUGACCCUGAGGCAAAAGUAGAAUGGAUGCUUCCUGAUUUAUCCACUGCAGAGGAAGCGACGGAUAAGGUAGAAAUAUCUGAAAGAGGCCAACUUGUAAUUUUAAAUGCCACGCUCUCUGACUCAGGCCUGUACCACUGUGUAGUCCGAAGCAAACCUGGUGUGGAUUUGAUGCCACUUAGACUUACAGUCAAAGAGCGCUUACUAGGUCCAACAGCUUUUAAUGGUCAGAAAAUUAUAAUUGAAAAGGGGAACUCUCUCGCUCUUCCUUGUGAGGUGACUUCAACUCAGCCCAGUCAAACCUUGUGGUACCUGCCCAAAAACCAAGCUCUCCUGCCGACGCAACAGACGAGAAGGGCAGAAGUAAUGGAAAAUGGGACUUUGGUGGUUAGGAAGAUGACACAGGAGGAUGCAGGGGAAUAUAGCUGCUUGGCCUCCAAUUUGUAUGGAGUUGACAUGCUCUCUCACAUGGUAGAAGUCACAGGGGAAAUGGCUUCAGAGAAGACCAAAGUACAGACUGACAGAGAACCCCAUAUCUUGCCACUCGGUGUUGAUGAAGGGGAGGGUUCAGGGGGUAACUACCAAGAAAUUAUUCAGCCUUUUGCCACACAGCUCCCAGAGAAGGCUGGACGACAGCACAAGAGGCCCGAUGGGUUGUUUAAGAGAACUCGUUUGAAAAAUCUAAAGAGAAAGCCCAAUAAAUCUGUUAAGGAAUUAGAUCCAAAUCGCUGGGAAGAGAUAUUGGCUAAAACUAAAGCUAAGCCAAGUGUUCCUCUGCCUACUGAGCAGUCACGUGAAGAACCCAGUACAGUAACCAUCCAAGCUAGCACAGUCAAACCCACAACUACAAGACUGAGUACAACUGCAGAGACUUUAUUCUUCUUUACUACCCCUCCUUAUACUAAAAUCAAUUCAAGAUAUGAGAAAAUGGAGGAUAGCUACAAAGUUUCUGAAAUACAGCCAAAUCAGCUGCUGGUUUUACACCCUACUAUCCUUGGAAGUACAGUAUCAUCUGUACAGCAGAUCUCAGAAACAGUAGAAAGUAUUACACCUCCAUCCAAUCCCCUUGUCCAACAACCAGAAAGCAAACAUACUGACAAGGGAAGAAUACACAUUGUUCCUGGUUGGUCUAACAGGAGAAGGCCAUUUCAAAGACAUAGAAAACCCCAGAUGAGAAGACUCCAUCCACACAAAAACCCCUUCUACCAAACAUCUAACAAGCCUCAAAGAACUGUUCCUCAAAAGACAAUCACUACACCAGCAACAACAACCACCACAACCACUACUACAACUACUACUACCCCAGCCACUACUACAACAACCACCCCUGUUGAAGCUACAGCAGCAUACAAUGAACCCCUACUUGCUGAGUAUGAGAUAGAAGAAGACAAUGACAAAUACUAUGAGGAAUACGAUUACAAGAGUGGUGAAAGCUUUGAUGCUACGGAAGAUGCAAUCAGCAAUAUCUCUCCUAACACCCAUCUUCAUAGUAGCAUUACUCCCUCGCCACUGGACAGAGUAAGAAAUCCUCAAUUGACUGAGCAAGAAUUACCUAAUCCAAAGACCAUUCCAACUUCAAGGUUGGAGACUCAAAUUUUAUGGACAGCUGAAGAUCUUUUAAACCUUGAGAAAAGCCAGAUAGAGGAAGUAGGGGUGACAGAACGAACCAAAGACACUGUCAAUCACAUUAAAAGCAAUGAAAAAAGCCUUGCAAGGGUGAAUGAGAAAACGAAUAUGAACACAAUGGAGGAACAAGAAAAUUUUACAAAAGCAAACGUGAGACACAAGGAAAAAUCAAAAAUGGAGUUAGUUACUCAGAGCUACAAUUCACAAGAUAAAUUUCAUUUAACAUCCCAUAGCAGACAAAGAAUUAACACUCGACCUUCACCUGAUCAAAACCUACCUGCUCAUCCCAAGACAGCAAAACCAACUAAAAAGCCUGUAAACCACCACCUCCAAGUUAUGGAACCUCUUCACCCUUGGCUCCACCAGAACAAUCAGGAUAGAGUACAAACUACCAUUUCCAGAAGUCCAGGAAGCCAUGUUCAAGUAAAUCCCAGCAGGCAUUCCCAGCCUCCAAAAGUCUCUCCAACCUCCCGCUGGUCAGCACACCAUCAUCCUCAUCAAAACUACCCCAUAUACCCUUCCUGGGCAGGUCAAAGGCCAUUUUCUCACCCAAGGCAAGGGCUGAAACCCACCCAUCGACCGUGGCCUUUUCUUCACCCAUGGGGUCACAGCUCAUUCGUCACCAACCGACCAGAGAUAACAGCUGACACUGUAAAAUCCACUCCCACUGUCUCAGGAAGAGACAAUUCCAAAUUUCUACCACCCAAUAUCUAUUAUCAUAAUCAGCAAAAUCACCACACUGAUAGCAGAUCCCAAACAAGAGAUCGUCUCUUUCUAUCGAGGCUCAGAAACCGAUACAGACAGGCCCAGCUUGAUCGGAUCGCUCAGCUCAGAAGGAUAGCCACACCCGAACCUCGGACCAUAUACGAUCCGCCACCUCCAAUCACACCUAAAAAAGACUCUCUGUCCUCUUAUAGACCUUUAACGCUGAAACCACCAGCACCCACUGCUUUAUACAUUUACUCCUUGGAGCAUGUGAACCCUGCUAAACCUUCGUCAUCAUCAUUCUUUGUUUUUCCCUCAACCCCUCCCUCAAGCCUAACAACCUCUUCUGCUCUGUAUGGAGGAAGAAUCAUCUCCCAGAGUCCCACAUCUGCACCUCCUUUCCCAUGGCUGUUUGGAGUUAAUGGGAUGAAACCCCGUAUAACCACAAUUACAACAGCAAGUGUGUCAGUGCUGGCAGAGGAUGAUGUGUUGCUGCCAUGCAAAGCAGCCGGAAACCCUGAACCCAACAUCGCUUGGACCAAAGUCUCGACAGGUGCCACUAUCCCGGCCAACACCAAACAUGGCUCCCGUUUUGAAGUCCUUAGAAAUGGAACUUUUCUCAUUAAAAACGUACAGCUUCAGGAUCGAGGACAGUAUCUGUGCACUGCCCACAACCGAUUUGGGUCAGAUCGUACAGUAAUCACUCUAGCUGUCCAGACGGAGGCCCCCCACAUCCAGCUCCCCAAGACUGCAGAAAUAUCAAUCUACUUAGGAAAAACUGUGACAUUAGACUGCGUCGCAGAUGGAAAACCACCUGCCCAGAUUUCCUGGAUUCUCCCAGACAGGACGUUUGUCCGAGAAGCUGGAACUAUUCGCACCAUUCUUUCUCCAAUGUCUUUGCUUCAGAAUGGGACCCUCAGAAUUCACUCAGCCAAUUUCUCUAGCAAAGGAGAUUACAAAUGUAUUGCAAGCAAUGCAGCUGGUGCUGAUACAGUCACUUAUCAACUCCAUGUGUCAGCUUUGCCUCCUAGUAUAAGUGAAGCAGUACAGGAUACAGUAAUCGUUCAGCCAGACAGGAGUGUGUAUGUUCACUGCUCUGCAAGGGGCGAACCAGCGCCUGAUCUUAAAUGGAUGCUUCCAGCAGGCGUCCGUGUCAAAGCAUCACAGUUUCUGGGACGAAGGCUAUUUGUCUUCCCAAACGGGACGCUGUUUGUAAAGAAUGUUGUGCCAUCUGAUGGUGGGAGGUACGAGUGUUUGGCCACAAACGCAGUGGGUAUCGCCAAGCGAACAGUCCUGCUGGAGGUGAGAGAAGAUUCCUCCUCUGUAUUUCGUCAAGGCCCUCCUCGUCUUCCUAUUCCACCAACCCAGAGCCAUGGUUCUCCAUCCCGUCAACAUGUUGUGUCAGCUUUGUAUGGUUCUGCUGUCUACCUCCAUUGUCCAGAGUCCACUGAUUCCUCAAGAGGGACUUUCUGGCUGCUGCCCUCCAAGAUCAUCCUGGAGCAUCAGUACAGCCCAGAGAGACCAAUUAAAGUUUUUCGCAAUGGGACCCUGAGGAUACUUCAGCUAACAGAGCUGGAUGGUGGAAACUAUCAGUGCAUCUUUCAGCGGCCAAAUGGGGAAGUAAUGGAGCUCUUCCAGGUAGACGUUUUGAUGACUCCCCCUCGAAUAGAACAUGUAAAGUCUGCACAGACCAGAGUGACCUUUGGAGACAAUUUCCAGGUGGACUGUGUUGCAACUGGCCUACCUAACCCAGAGGUUUCGUGGAGUCUUCCAGAUGGAACUUUAGUUAACAAUGCCCUUCAAUCUGAUGACAGUGGCCUUCGCAAUCGACGUUAUGUGAUGUACGGGAAUGGAACUUUACUUCUUCAGCAGAUGGGCAAAAAAGAUGAAGGCAACUACACUUGCCAUGCUACGAACAAACUGGGCAAAGAUGAAAGAAAACUCAUUGUCAAAGUGGGACCAAAUGGUCCACACAUUGGAUUAAAAUCGCAAUCACUUGUGAAAGUGAAACUGGGAGAAUCAGCUAAACUUAGCUGUCAGGCAACAGGUGAUCCUAAACCAAGAAUCACAUGGAUCUCACCACAAACGGAUGUAAUACCACUAUUGUCAGACAAAUACAGAGUUACAGAUGAUGGAACAUUAAUUUUGAAUAAAGUAACACUGGCCGAUGAAGGAAAGUAUGUCUGUGUGGCACAGAGUUCUGCUGGUGAUGAUAUUAGAAACAUGAUAGUUGAAGCUGAACUCCAGGAACCUUUCAUCAACAGUAAGAGAGGGAAGACUACUACAAAGUUGUUGGCUGUUUCCUACCAAACAGCACUUCUGGAUUGCAGAGUGGAGGGAAAACCUGAGCCAAAGGUCUGGUGGCUUACUCCCUAUGGCCAUUUACUAACAACACCCUACCUUGGAGGUCGUUUCCAAGUCCACCAAAAUGGAAGCCUAGAACUGAGAGGGGUAAGGAAGACGGAUGCAGGCAGGUACAAGUGUUUUGCUCAGAAUCACCUAGGUGAAGCCUCCCUUUCAGUUGAAUUAGAAGUGGUGCCACUAGCUGAGAAACCCAGCUUUGCUAGUCCUAAUAUUGAGAUCUUACCAAUUAAGCAAGAUGGUGGUGAACUGAUUCUGGAGUGCCCUGCUCGUGGCACUCCAAUCCCAGAGAUUUCUUGGGUGCUACCUAAUGGGACAAUGUUAUCAUCUGGAAGGAGACUUCAGCGCUUUACCCACCAUUUUGGAAAUGGCACUCUACGGAUCACUCAGCCAAUGCCAACUGAUAAAGGAAUUUACAGAUGCCUUGCGAGAAAUGUUGCAGGACAAGCGGAGAAACGUUAUUCCCUGGAGGCUGGCUGGAAACCUAUGAUCAGAGGAACCACAGGUGGAAUGAAGAUCACUUAUGGCCUCAGUCUGAACCUACCUUGCACUGUUGAUAGCUGGCCACAGGCACUGAUUACAUGGACCCUACCCAAUGGUGUGGUUUUGGACAAACCUCAGACCAUUGGCCGAAUGUCUUUCCUCACCAAUGGAACCCUACAUGUCAGGCAAAUUGCCCCUUUUGAUAAGGGAACAUAUAUCUGCAGAGCCUCAAACUCUUUUGGGUCAUCAACACUAUCUUACCCCGUCAUUGUGAUGGUUUUCCCUCCCCGGAUCACAAGCACAAUGGCCUCCAUCACAAGAGUCAUUCGAGGAACCCCAGUGAUGCUACGGUGUGCUGCGACAGGUAUUCCAAAGCCAGAUAUUUCAUGGACAUUACCUGGGCGCACCACACUCUUACCUCACAACUGGUAUACAGUACAGGGAGGAAUUCAUAUGACAGACGGGGGUAGUCUGGUCAUACAAAAUCCUGUGCUGACAAACUCUGGAAUUUACAAAUGCAAUGCUAAAAAUGCUCUUGGAACAGAUUUUAAAUCAACAUACCUGCAAGUCAUUUGAGGGAGAAAGAUAAUCUCAUAGCAUACUAUGACUGUGUGAGACUGACUAACCAUGAUAAAGAUGCUCUGCUGGCAGAUGUAAAACAGCUUGACAUGUAGCUUAAAGCCUGAGAUACCAUCAGUAACAUUUUAUUGUAACUGCAGUAUUUGUUUUAUAUUUCAAGUAUUGUUCAGCUCUACAGAUUUACACUGAAAUAUACAUUCAUGAAGAAUCCUUUUCCAUAGGAAGCUUUGACUUCUUGGCCUUUCACCCUUAUAGACAUUUUACACUUCCAUGGUAUUGUUGUUGAUUUUCUGCAAUUUAAUAUCUAAGGAGGUUAAUAUAGAUUGGUGUAAUCUGGUGCUUAUUUCUAGAAAAUUCUACCUCUGUUGUGGCAGAAAUGUAAUUUACAGUAUUUUCAGCUGUUUCUAUAUUCAUGUCCCAAAAUCUUUAGGGGAAUUUUUCAUACAAGAUAAAAUUGCUCUCAAACCCUGCUCUACAUUCUACAUCACAAAAUGCACUGUAAGUAUAAUUAUCACAUAUAUUCUCUCAGAAUGCUGGCAUCAUAGGAACAUUGAGACAUCUUUAUUGAGGACAAGAAGAUGUUUGCAUAAUUUAUGAGUUAAAAAAAUAAACAAGUGUGUGAUAUUUUUA